CUCAAACUGAGAGGAGGAAAUUUAAAAAAAGGUUAACUCAGAAAGUCCAGAGAAGGGUAAACGGUACGAAUUAGAAACCCAUCCAUUUAUCUUCUCCAAAAGGAAUUCACUUACAUACCCAAUGGCUUUCUGGGAUGGGAUUCUAGCGAGUUUUUCAUCAAACUUCUAGUCACAUCACUCUGCAUCUUCGGUAUGGAGAGAACAACUUCUGGACUUCAAUCUUGAAGUAGGGAAAACAUUUCCUCAAUGCGCCUCUAGAUGGAGGUAAUGUAACUGUCCAUAGGCAGAAGAGACAUGGAACUGACAGACAAGCGAGGCAAAGAAGGACCUCCACUCUAUCUUUUGUUUCUACUUGGUGCCCUAGUACUUUUAAAAAAUCCCUAUGAUCUGUGCUUUCUGAAACCAUGGCUAUAAAGAGAGGUAAACCGAGUUAUUCCAUUCAGUGGCUUUCAUUAGCUUCCAAAGUUUCCUGUUUCUAUUACAAAAUAUAAGUCUCUUACAAAAAAACGAGUUUUACUUUACCACUGAUAAUAAGCAAAAGAGAAAGUUGGUUUAUAAAUAAGUCAUACUUUUGUAUAAUAUCACUCAUAUUUUAUGAGAUAGUGCUUGUAUAAAUUUAGAGAAAUAUGCAGGCCUAUAUGAAUAUUUAUGAAUGCCUUUAAAACGGCACAUGCUUAUUUUUAGCAAUUUAGCAUGUGUACAUCUGACUAGAAUGAUUAAAAGGAUCACCCAAUUUUUUUUAUUCCGCCAUCAUUGACUCAUAAACCCGAUCAUGUUCUUAAAGACAAUGAUAUGUUUGCUGUGUCUAUAUGCAGAACAAUGUUAUUUUGUUUGAAGUGUGUAUGUGACAUAUUUUUGCAUUGCUCCCCUGAGCUCUGAUUGCAUAGUUCGAGAUGUCUCUGCCCUAAAUAUAGAGCUGGCUUUUCCCUACAAUGUCAAAUGUAACUUGAUUCCAUAAGUUGUCACAGCACGUCAGUUGCUGGCCUACCAGCUGAGUUCCUCUCACUCUGUCCCACAUUGCCUGAUGGAGUCUGUGGGAGCGCUGGACAGCCCCAUUGGGGCCAGCUUUAACCUCCUGAGUUUGCCAGCAACCUUCCCCUCGGAUGAGGAUGAGGAGUCACUGGGUCUUGAAGGGAUCAAGCCCAAAUCUUCGCCCAUACCAAGACGACGGAGUUCAGAAUCCUCUGAUGACUCCCCGCCUCCCGCUUCAAGCAGCCGAAGAGUGUCCUUUGCUGAUGCCUUCGGUUUGAGUCUCGUCUCAGUGAAACAGUUUGACGCUCAGGGAGUAACUGCACCAUCUGGCCCUCUGGAGAGUGACUUGAAUGAAGAUAAGGAGUAUUAUAUUCUUCCUCUCUUCACUCUUCCGCAGAGCGUAGAGGAGCUAGACCUGCGGGUUCAUGAGCAGAAGCUGGAACUGGAAAGUUUGGAGCUGCUUUCUGGGACUUCAACCCUAAGAGGAAUCGUUUGCGUGCUAGAUGUGUGUUUAGAAAAGAUGGUCUAUGUACGGACCUCUUUAGAUUCAUGGAGAAGUCAUUUUGAUCUGUUGGCAGAGUACGUACCUGGGUCAAACAAAAGUGGGAUGGAUUGUUUCUCCUUUAAGAUCACACUGGUUCCCCCAUUCGGAGACGAGGGCGCAAGGGUUGACUUCUGUUUGCGAUAUGACACACCUUUAGGCACUUUUUGGGCAAACAAUAAUGAAAAGAACUACUCUCUGUUUUGUUGUGAGAAAAUAAAGGAGAAACCUCAAAAUGUGUGUGAAAACAGAAUAAGAAGCUGUCUGAAAACAACCAGCCCAAAUGUUGCAGCAACAAAUAAUGAAGAAUUUCCAGGUAUAAAUCUAAAGGUCACUAGCCCACAAUCUCUAAACUCUGAAAAACAUGAAAAGGAAAGCAUUGAAUUAGAGGAGGAAAUAAGCCGAAUCCGCAGCCGAAGGAGCAAAAGAAGGGCUGUGCGAUUAGCAAAAGUCAAGAAGCACUUUGCUAAGAGAGAGACCAAGACCAAAGAGAGUGAAGUGACAGCAGAGACUAGCAUGCAGGAACAUGCAUCAGUGCUGGAGAAGACAUCAUGUAGUCCAGACUCAUCACAAACUGCUCAACCACCAACAUGCAACCAAAUAUCACCCUCAGACGAGUCCUCAAAAUUUGCGGAGGAUAGUGGAUAUUCCGCUGACAUUUACAGCCAAGCUCUUACACAAAAUGAAGGCAUGAUCAACACCAAGACUAAUUUAUCCACAGCACACACACAUUUACCCCUAGAAGACUGCGGUGAAUCGAUUGCAUGCUCUGCUUCGGAGGCCUUGGAAGACGGCCAACUUACUGAGGACCUUACUGACCAAAAGGUUUCGAUCCAACAGUCUUUUCCUGUAUGCCAAAAUCCUGACUUGCCUAUCUGCAAGAAAGUUGAAAGAGCAUGGGAGCACUUUGAGAAGGACACUAAGCAAAGAAUUAAAGGUUUGAGCUCCAAGAUGGACGAGGACACGAAUAUUAGCGCCAGAAAACCAGAAGAGAAUGUGAGUUUGAAAACUACUAAGCCUCAGCCAUUUUCUCAUGGCUUUACAUUUGGGACCAUUGUAGCCCCGCUUUAUCAUCAGGUUUUUAAAAGCAUGGAAACAGAUAGAAAAGACUUAUUUAGGAAAACUGUACAAGUAGAUAAGUCAUUAAGGGAGCUGGAGGAUGAGAGUUUAACAGGGGUCACGGCCGCUGAGACCACAGACAUGUGGCCAGAGUCUUGCCUUUCUACAAAACAGACAGUACAUGAUAUUAGUGUUGGCGUCUGCAAAGAAUCAGCAGAACAAAACUCACAACUUACAAUAAACCCAACCAAAAAUCCUCUUUCUGAGCCAAAUAAGUGCACACCAGACCAUACAUUUACCGAAACAAGUCUUCCAGAAGUUGCAUCCGAACAGCCAGAUCUUCCUCUAGGUAAAAUUGUACCAUCGACUGAAUUCUCAUUCCAGGGUGAUCUUUGCCAAAGUCCAUGUUUAUUUCCCCUACAAGGAUCAGAACUUUUAGUCUCUACAAAUCAAACAAUAGAGUCCGGUAUUGACAUCCAACCUAAACAGAUCCAUCCUUCAUCACCCAUAGCAGUGCCUUCAUUAUCUGUAGACAAUCAAAUUUCUAGUAUUAAAAUUGAAAUGUCACAAAACCAAGGGGAUAUCCACACCAAUGAGGAGAAUAUAUUAGUGCGAACAAGGUAUUCAAACAGCCCCUCUUGGAUUCUUGCCCAAUCUCCAGAAGACCCCAUGACGCUCCCUACUUCAGGGAUCAUCUUAGGUUCCUCUGAUGAUAAAUCAGAGCCGGAUUGCUGUGAGAUGAGAUUGAACAUUGAAAAACCUGAAGAACCGUCUCACUUAUGUGAACCAUAUGCAGAAUUGGGGAACACACGGGUAAAUAUGAGCAAUACUUCGGAGAGCUGUCAAAUGAAUGAAAAGAAGGAACAAAUGCUCGUCGGGUUUGCUUUACAGACUUCCGAGACAGAGAGCUCAAGCAUGAUUGAGUUUGAUGGAGAACAUAACACAUUAGUGAUUAAAGAAGAAAUUCAAGACAUGAAAAAUUAUGAAAGCUUAGAUGAGGGAACUGGAAAUCAAACAAAGCAGAUAGAGAAGCUGGAACAAGAACCAAAAGAACAAGAAGGUGCAGGAGAAGGGGGAAUGAACAUUGAAGAUGAGUUGAAAUACAUAGAUGAUGAAGAGGACUUGGAUGCAAUGGAAACUGAGAGAGAAAAGACACAACAAGCAGAUGAAGAUGAUUUACUGACUGUUACUGAAAGAGAUUCUGAGGAGCAGAAGCAGAUUAUUAGUACCAGCAAUGUUAAAUCAUUGCCACAUCACAUUGACUUCAAUGAAAUAGAAGAUCUAGGUGGAGUUGAGGACUCAGAAAAACAGGAUAGGCACUUUAACAGUGGAGUAGAGAUUUGUGAGGAAUCUUGGCAAGAAUCAUCUCCAACGAGUGAUACUGAACUCAGUGGAAGUGUGCGAGCUAUGGAAAAGGAUUGGGACGUCAUUGAGUUUAUUGAUAAAGAAGAGAGUAUGUGCCGUGGAAGUGAGAACAGUGACCGGGACACUACUGAUGAUGUGAACAAUAUGCUGGAAAACAUGGAUUGCCAGGCGAAAGACUCAAUGAUCAGAGAUCUUGAAAAUGUUGACGACAACACCUCAACAGAAUCGCAGAUUGAUGAUGAGAUGGAGCUGUACUUGAUCAGCCUGAGGAAUUCACAGCAGUCAGUAUUCAGAGAAGGCACAAUGAGUGGAAGUUAUGGCAAAAGACCUUCAAUGAGUAAAGGAAGGCCGUUAGCUAUGCCUUCAAUCUCGGAGUCUGUGGACGAGGACCAGUCGAAUAGUUCCCUAGAAGAUUUAACAAAUAUUGAGUACAUUAUGGAGCAGGAAAGAGCUACGCAAGUCAUUGCCCGUAAUGUCUUGUGGUGGAAAGAGUUUCUGUCCUAUGAUAAUAUGAUAAGGGUGAUCGGAUAUACAUUUUUGUUGAUAGUGUUUUUGGUUGCUGCAUUUUAUUAUGACUUCAUCGCAUGUUUUGCCCUAUAUGUUCUUACAGUGUAUUGGCUGUUUCGACAAGGGGAGGAAGAGACACUGAAAAACCCUGAAAGAGGAUUACAGUAAAUGUGAUUUACUCAUGAAGAUUUUGGGAUAGUUUAGCAGAAGUGAAAGUGGAACUGAAUACAUGAUGUAAGAAUACAAUUGAAAGCAUUGGAUUCCGUGGAGGUACAGUAUUUAUCGCACAUAUUU